UCGCGUGGGUCGCACGCGGCAUCGCCAUUCGAAUAUCGAACGCGAUCGCGGCCGGUGACUUGUAAACACUGGCCACAUUUCGAAUUUCAAAUUCUAAAAAAAAGGAACUUAAAGUGACUUUUUAAAUUAAGUUUAAAAAUAGAAGUGUACAAAAAUAAAAAGUAAAAACAAUUAUGAAGACAAGGACGCUUACAUAGUGGGAAUUAUAAUGUGACUAAUGAACUUUUGAUUUGUUAGCGUGGACGUGAAAAUGUACGACUAAUGUUAUUUAAUUAAUUGAGCGAUAGAAAAAGAAAAAAUGAAGCUUUUGUCGCUAAUUGCACUAUGCGCAAUAACAUCAGCGCACGAGAUCACCCAGCUGAAGGUGCCGCUGUACGCGGACCCUCGGCGCGCGGCGGAGCUCAGCUGCCACUUUCAGAUGGAUGACCAGCGCCUGCAUUCUGUCAAGUGGUACCGAGACAUGAACGAGAUCUUCCGGUACAACCCCUCUCAGAAGCCCCCAAUCCGUCUGUUCAACGUGUCAGGUAUCAUGGUACAAGGCGGCGACUGCCAAGCCGACUCAUGCAUGGUCCGCGUGAUGCCUCCACCUGUAGCUACUCGGGCUGCCUACAGCUGUGAGGUUUCCACUGAAGGUCCCAAGUUCCAGAUUGCAAGGCAGACGAAGCAUAUGACUGUUGUUGCCAUGCCGGACAAGGAUCCAGUUAUAAUUGGUGCCCCCAAAUUGGUGAAGCCUGGGGAGCAAAUGCUCCUCAACUGCACUUCGGAUUUCUCACUGCCGCCUUCCGAAAUUAAUUGGUUCAUCGACAAUGAACUGCAAAAGCCUGAAGCCUGGCAGCGCACAGAGUACAGUAUACCGCAGGCAGGCGGCCUGCGCGCAUCGUGGCGUAUCUUGCGCGUGCGCGUCCCCACCAACGCGAGUGGGGCGCUCCGCAUACGCUGCGAGGCGCUCCUGCAGGUGGAGCCACCAGUCGUGCGUGAUGCUGUCUCCAUCAUCACGGUAUACUCGCGCACGCAGCUGUCGAAAUAUGUCUCCAGUAAGGGUAUUAGUCUGGCCGGAAUUAGUGCCAACAUGUGUUUAAUCGCAAUCAUUUGGACAUUCAAAGAUAUAUCAAGGUUUGUGAGCUUAUGAGGAUCGGUUUGAACAAAGUCUGGUGAUAUUAGUAGUAAUAGUAGAUAAGAUCCGUCGGCCUCGGUUACAUACUUUAAACAAAAUUUAAUAUAACUAAAUUACAGAAGACUCGGCGAAUGCGCCACACGCGCGCCGCACGCGCGCUGAUACAGUAACAGUUUCUUGUACAACUCUGCGUUCGUGCAGUCACGUAGGGCGCGUAGUUAGCGCAGGUGCGGCGCGCAGAUACUGUAACAGAUUGGUGCAGAACUUUAGCGCAGCUCGCAUGCAGUCAUGCUUUCGAAAACAAGCGCAUUCGCCGAGUCCGGAGUCUUACGAGCGUUGUUGGUUCGAUGCGACGUCGCAAUAUUAAAAUUUCAACGUGCAGUUGUUGCAACACAUUCGGUUCGUGUACCUAACAUGAUGGUGGGAUUAUGUGCGUGUCUGGCGAACUGCUGGUAAACUAAUACUUUACCACAACCAAAGGUCGACUACCUUCGUGAGUUGCAAGAACUAUUAAGUAUCAACAAAAUAGUGUGGCAUAUCGUUGUUCAUUGAAGAAUGAAACGGAGCAUCACCGUUCAGACGUCGUGUCCGACCCACAAGGCACCGUAUGGCCUCACUCUAAAUGUUAAAUAAUAACGAAUCUAGUGCGUACUUCGUACCUUAAAUAUACAAAAGAAUCAUGAAUUUAUCGGAAAUUUAAUAUCCAUAGUACCCACUUUGUAUCAAGGAGGUUAUUUUUUGUACAUUCUAAUGUUAAUACAUGGUGUCAACUGUAUAAAUUAGAUAAGUAUUUAUUUAUAAAUUAUAGUGUUACUACAGUGGCUGGAAUGUCAGGCAUUUAUGGACGCACGUGGUAACUUGAGUUGAGGUGCUGGGGGCUAAAAUGGCCACAUCGAAGCAAUUCACCUAAGAAAGCAAUAUUGCAAUUUGACAUUUGCGCCUAUAAAAGUAAGUGCGCAAUGCAAACAAAUGUCAAAUAGCAAUAUUGCUUUCUUAUAUGAAUUGCUUCGAUGUGGCCUUUUUAACCCCCCUGAUUACUUAAAAGCAACCGUAACCGAAACUAUCGGAUAUCUGAUAUAAAAAAAUCAUCCGUAUCCGUAACCGUAUCCAGUAUAAUCAUUCUUAAAUCCGUAUCCAAUCCGUAUCCAAUCCGUAUCCGAAAUUUCAUAUCCAUAACAUCCCUGCUUCAUAGUCACUACGGUUUGGAUACAUCAAUCAGUAGGUACUUUUUUUUAAAUAUUUACCAGGAGAAUAAACUCCGUCUCAGCGAUUUCAUCGGCGAUCACUGCGUGCUAAUAUGUGCGUAAACCCUCAAAGCCUACAGUUGUUAUUGCGUCGCUUUGAGCGGUCUCACAGAGCUGCGGCUCAACGCUACCUGCAAGGCUAAUAAGCGCAACGAAAUAAAAUUAUCGAUCGAGUCAAUAAAUUUUAUCGAAAUAGGUGAGUUUAUUUUUUCCCCUAACAUGCGUGUCACGUAAUUUUUUGUGAUCACAACACAUCACACAGCAGCAAUCGACAAAACGACAUAUUUAACUAUUUUUAUGUAACAUGUACCUGAUAAUUUUCUCUAUGACUUAUGAGAUAUAUUUACAUGCCGGUGUUGGUGUAAUGUACUGAAACUCUACCAUAAUAUGCCAUGUCAGGGGCCUUUGGCGGCUCAAUUAUAACCCUGACACCAGGGUUGAUGAGGUUGGUAUUCUACCUCACAACCCACACGAUAAGAAGAAGAAGAUCAUAAUUGUAAAAAGAUAUGUAAAUAACGUAUAUUCCUUGCAAUAAAUGAUUUCUGAUUUUCUGUUUCUUUUUUCUGUUCGUCAGAAUUGUGACAAAAUUUUAUCAUGUUGCGCGUGUUAGCCCUACUGAGCGCUCUUUGGAACCGUAAUAGGUAAAUAACGCGCGCGAGUGUUGUGAGUGACGAAGCACUGGUUCAAGUGUAGGUAGUCGAGACGGAAAUCGUCACCUCAUAUUAAAAACCACUCAAGGGCCUUCUUGAAAAAAUCACAUUUGGAUGUAAUUUUCUUCAAAAAAACCUCAAUAUUUUUUUUCAAUUAAUUAAAAUAAGCAUAUUUCCUUUUUAAUCCGGGGGGAAAUUGAGAUCGUUUUUUUUCCUGGUUGUAAACUUAACUUGCGUAUUGCGAGGUUUUGCAAUCACAAUCCGCAAAGAAGGCGCUUACAUAGUUUUCUCUAUAACGCGACGAUAUGGUGAGUCCAUCAAUGCCUCUCAAAUGCCCAUUGUCGUCACGGCUUGUAAUGGUUCUUUUCUCGAAUAAAGCGCGGGUAUUCAUGUCGGUUACAGACCGCGAGCUAAGUUAAGUUAGUAUAGCUUGCUCGCAUAGCUGACGCAAUUUUCCAUAGUUUGCAUAGUUUGAAGUCUGCACACAGCUAUGAACCGUCAAUGGGACUCGAAUGGAGCAUUUUAUUUUGACGUGAUUUAUUGAAGGCUUGCCUCAGAUAACAUUAAUUCGAUGGACAAAAUUGAAUGGAACUUUAACAAGCGUUGCUCCAUACCCCUUACGGUUGAUUGAGGGAAAGCCUGUUCCCAGCAGUGGGACGUAUAUAGGCUGUUUAUGUUAUGUUUUAUUAGUCAUAUAUUUUCAAGAUUUGUGCUCGGUUAAUGGCAAUUCCGUGGUCUAGUGGUUAGAGCGUUAGGCUCACGAUCUGGAGGUCCGGGUUCGAUUCCAGAUGGGGACAUUGUCGAAAUCACUUUGUGAGACUGUCCUUUGUUUGGUAAGGAAUUUCAGGCUUGAAUCACUUGAUUGUCCGAAAAAGUAAGAUGAUUCCGUGCUUCGGAGGGCACACCAACCCGCAGUGGAGCAGCCUGGUGGAGUAUGCUCCAUACCCCCUCCGGUUGCUUGAGGGGAGGCCUGUGCCCAGUAGUGGGACGUAUAUAGGCAGUUUAUGAAUGGCGAUUGGCUCGCCACCUACUUACUAUAUGGGACUUAAACUUAGCUGGCGAGGAGUGGUUAUACUGUAUGCCUGGGACUACUUUUUUUUGGCUUUGACUUCCCGCAGAUGGCAUUAACUACUUGGCCGGAGGUGACUACGUUUAGUCCUUAUCUCCUAUGAUAAAUCGAGCCUCUUGUUUUCCGAUAUACUUCUUAUAUCGUACGCGGCAGUGAGCAAAGGGCCUGUAAACAGUAUAAGCAGAUAGAUAAAAUAGGAAUAUCCAGACAUUUUUGAGAAAACAAUUAUUACGAGCCCUAAUCAAUCUUCUUAGGUAAGAAAAUCACAAAAUAUUGUUUUCUUAUGAAGAAAAUGUAACAUUAUGUAGCUUCACUGAACGUUACUUAGUUCUAUGUAAUAGUUUUAUAAAUAGGCAUAAUCUAUGGCUGUGUUUCACUUAAGGUAAUGUCAAUUCUGCACGACAUCAUCUUUUAUCUAUAUUGUACAGUAACACACAAAAUUGUUGUUUUGUUUUGUUUUAAUUGUAAUAUUUAAAUGGAAUACGUAAAUAAAAUAUGGUAUAAAA